AUGACACCUUUUUGGGAGGACUUGAAUAAUGACCACGCCGAUGACGCAAUAAUUAAGAACGCAGCCAGGCGGAUGCUAGUGGCAGUUGAUAUCAAUGGUGAUGACGUCGAUCCAGACAUGCUCAAGGAUUUCCAAGCCAAAGUGGUGGAACGAGUCCGCGGGGAACCAUUGUAUUGUAACACACCAGCUUGUAUGUCCAAUGAUAGAAAAACGGUAGGUACAGGCACCACAUGA